AACUCACACCACUCUUCUUCGUGACUCGUGAGCCCUAUUUCCCCUCUCCGCACGCGAGGAAGCCAGGCAAAGCAGUGGCUGGGGAGAGGAAAAGCGGCCGAAGGGAAUAAUAAAAGGCUGAACGCCGAAGCUCGAACGAAGUCUCAUAGUAAUCGGUCCGUCAUGGCGGAAGAAAAGAAGCACGACGCGAUUCCUCCUCGCUACGACCUCGAUGCCAAGUGGGACGCCUGCAUCGAUCUCACAAUCCGCCGCUUCUUCUACUCCUCCCUCGCCGGCGCAUUCACCGGCCUCCUCCUCUUCCGGAGUCCAACAACUCGAUGGGCAUCUGUAGCUUUUGGUGCUGGAGUGGGAAUUGGAGCAGCAUAUACUGAAUGCUCUUACAUAUUUGAUGGUUCACCUCCAAAGUUGUCUCCAAAUGUUUCAGCUGUGCCUUCUGGUUCUGCACAAGUGGAACAGAACUGAAGGAUGCCAACGGAAUGCCAGAACAAUUAGGUUGGGGAUAUUUAUUGGGAUUACUUGAAUUGAAGGGCUAGAUGUUGCUUUCUUUCUCCCAUGUAUCUGCGGCAUUUUUUUAUGGUUCCAAUACAUGUAGUACUUAUUUUGCUGAUUCGGUGAGAAUACUGUAUCAAUUGGUGCGUUGGUUGAUUCUGGAUGGCAGAUAAUAAAUGCCUCUUAUGUAAACUGGUAAUUGGGAACCCAUCACUGGGGCGAAUAGUUUGAAGUUUGAACAUUUAUGUCAUGUCGUCAGACCUCUACAACCUUUUUCUUCAAGGAAAGAGAACAUUUCCUCCAUCAAUUUUCUGA